AUGAGUGCUAUUAUUGUUGGUGCUGGAAUAGCUGGAUUGAAAGCAGCUUCAUUUUUACAUGAAAAUGGGAUUAAUGAUUGUAAAAUUUUCGAAGCAAGAGACAGAAUAGGUGGCAGAUUAUAUACGGUGACAGGCUUUGAUGGGAAAAGAAAAUAUGAUCUUGGUGCUAGCUGGCAUCACGACACUUUAAUAAAUGAAAUGUUCAAUGAAGAAUGCAUUGCUGAAAAAGAUAAAAGACCAUUUGUCUUUGAUGAUGAUUUUUGGAUUUUUGUUGAUGGGAAAAAGGGAAGAGUUGACAGAGAUCCUCAAAUGCGGUUGGAAAUUAUUGAUAAUGAAAUAAGUAAAUUUGCUGAUCUUAUAUUCCAUCAGACACUAAAUUCUUUAGAUUGCUCUUUUCAUGAGUUAAUAAUGAAGUAUCUCUUUUUGAAAAGGGAUUUUUUAAGUGACGACCAAAUUCGAUAUGGUAGCCAAAUUCCUAGGUAUUUAGAAUUAUGGCAUGGUUUAGACUGGAAGGAGUUAAGUGCGAAAGACACCUAUUUUGGUCACCAAGGGAGAAAUGCUAUGGCUUUAUAUUUUGACACAAUUGUUAAUAAACUUGCCACUACAUUUCCGGAGGAGUGGUUACAUUUGAAUACUGAAAUCAAAUCCAUCACUAGGGCAAGAGACAAAGUCGUUGUCAAGACAGCUGAAAAUGAACAAUUUUCUGCAGAUUAUUGUGUAGUUACGAUCCCUCAGAGUGUAUUGGAAUUGUCCAUUAAGGGCGAUGUUGAGGAUACAAAAGGUAGAAUCGACUUUGACCCCCCAUUGAACAAAAAAAUUCAAAGUGGGUUCGAGACUGUUCAUUUUGGUUCAUUAGGGAAGGUUAUAUUUGAGUUCCAGGAGGUAUGUUGGUCUAACGAAUCUUCUAAAAUAAUGACAUUGGCCGAAACUGACGAACUCUUUGUCCAAAAAGUUCGUAAUGCCAAAACACUUCCUGAUUUAUUGGAACAACUGAAAGAUGCAAAAAGUGAUUCAUUUGGAAGCUGCUGGUCACAUCCAUUGUAUUUUGUCAAUAUGGCAAAAGUUAACGGUAUUGCCAGUCUAAUGAUGUUGAUGCAAGCCCCUCUAACAAACUAUAUCGAGUCAAUACAAGAUAACAAAAAAAAGGUUUAUGAUUUUUUUGAACCAGUCCUAAGAACUAUUAUGAAAACUUUGAAUGCUAAACCUGUAGUCGAGAAGCUUAAUUGCAACGAUUCUGAGAUACCUGUCACUGAUGCGCCAGUGUUAAGAAACAUAAUCACGUCUAACUGGACGAGAGAACCAUAUUCUCGUGGUGCAUAUACCGCUUGUGAACCAGGUGAUGAUCCAAUCGCUAUGAUUUUGGCAAUGUCUGACGGACAAGAUUCAAGGAUUAGAUUUGCUGGCGAACAUACCAUUAUGGAUGGUGCUGGUUGUGCCUAUGGCGCAUGGGAAAGUGGGAAACGUGAAGCAUGUUAUAUCCUAGAAAAUUACAAAAGAAAGUAA